AUGAGUAAGAUGGAUCCGAUUCAGAAGUUGAACUUUGACUGCGCAAGCCUAAUCCUACAGCACCUCAGUAUCUACGAAUUAGCGCGCUGUCAGCUUGUCAGCAGGCGAUGGAGGCAGACUGCCCUGGAAUGGAUUGCGGCCACUGGCCUGGGAUGGCAUUUCCCACGUGCAUGCAAGCGCUUCAUGAGCAAGUUUCACGACACGUCUCCUCAAGCAUAUCAGGUUUGGGAGGAGUUUCAGGAAUGCGCGUACGAAAAAGCGCGCAGAGAUGUUUGGCUUUCUGGUAGGGCUUUCAGCUCAAUGGAGUGCCACAAGUUCACCCAUUUCGCGCGGAGUGACAAGUUCAUUGCAUGGCAUCAUGAAGGGUCCAUCUACUGGCGAUGCGCCGGAUACCAAGAGCAUCCAGAUCGGCCGCCUUACAUAAUGCAUAAGCUGAACUACAAGCUGCCUUCGGGCCAACUGCGAUACCUGGCAGUGUGUUCGGAGGCUCAAACUGUCUUCCUCAUUAUACGGUGCCCGGAGCAUCUCGCCAAGUUGAGAAAGAUGCUUCCGAACUCCACCCGUCUCAAGGCUCUCCACGAGGAGCCAGAGCACCUGGAUAUUAUGGUCGACAUCCACACCGGUCAAGAGCUAUGGUCUGCACCUCGACGGUACGCCCGAAGUGACUGGGAGCGGUGGAAAGAAGCCCUGAAGCUCGGCUGGAAGAAGAUAUAUCGCUACGGCUCAACAAAAAGGGAGCUCGAAGUGCAUGAUAUCAGAACUGGUGAAAAGCUGUACUCUCUUCCCUUUGCAAGCGACGUUCCCUUCCCUGCACUAAAAGAUGUCAGGGUAGUCCGGCUCGGUGGGCGCGAGGUCAUCAUGACGCUAAACGAGCAUGCAGAUGACCCGCAACAUGACUGCGAGAUCCGAUUCAUUGACGGUGAGUACGGUCGCCUGUUGCAAUCCAUCAAGGCACGGACAUGUGGCGGAUUCUCCCAUAUCGUGCCGUCAGAGCGGCGAAACGAGCUCGCCUUUGCGCUGGUCACAUACGGUGUAAAGAACAGGCCAUAUGUAGCGCUAAUUCACAGGUACGGGUUCGAUGCCAACCAGAAAUUAUUUGUCUCCCAGGGUCUUGAUCUGUUCGAUCUCGAAAGACUCCGGGGAGCCUACGAGUUCUAUCCCGUCAUUGACCCUUUCAGGAACUUUAUCGUCGGGGUCCAAAAGGACACGCGGUUUGCUGUUGUCCUGCCCGUUGUACGGCUCAAACUCCCGUGGACAUGGCAUGAUCCCAAGACCGGCAGUUCGUAUAAGGUGACACUCGGUGCUGGAACGGGGAGGGUCAUUAGCAUCCCUCAUAUGAACAUGUAUAAAAUCCCCAAAGGGUAUGAACCGGACGGUCCUGUGAAGAUCCAAGGGUCGUGCCUUCUCAUUGGGAUGCCGCCAGACCAGGUUAACAACGAUAGACCAGCGUUUCGAUUCUUUGAGUUUGGAUUCCGCAAGCACUAUAAUCGGACUGUCUCGCUGGAUGAUACGUUGUUUGAACAAGAUCAUAGCUAUUGA